AGAUUCGAUGUGACGGAGAAUCUUGAAAACUUUUUACUUUUUGGGGUGAACUAAACAAGGCCUUAGCUUUAAAAGCUCCUAGGCCCAUGUUAACAGGCAGUAGACAAGAAACUCACUGUUUGAUCAAGGCCCAAAACCCCAAGCACCGAAAAGCCCAUUCUACUAGCUGAACAACCCACCCACGAAAACCCCCGGCCGGCGACGCUCCUCACCGAUGGCCCCCGGCGAACCUCCCGCGCCGCGCGCCGCCGCGGCGCCGGGGCCCGAAUCCGCAGCCGAGGCCGAGCACCUCCUUUCGCUGGCCGAGUCGGAGCUCUCCGCGGGCCGGCUCCGGGCCGCGCGCAGGCACGCCCUCCGCGCCUCCCGCCUAUCCCCGUCCUGCCCGCGCGCCUCGGUGGUGGCCACCGCCGCCAACGUGCUCCUCGCCGACGCCUCCUCCCACCACGCCGCGCUUCUACUGCCCGAGCCCGAAGACCCCGACGUCUCGCCGCUCUCCGCAUCCGAGCUCCGCCGCCACUUCAAGUCGCUCGUCAAGUCCCUCCGCGUCGGCCCCGACUACGCCGCCGCCAACCCCUCCUCCGCCGCCGCCGCCGAGGAGGCGCUCGGCCGCGCCACCGAGGCCUACGAGGCGCUCACCGCCCCGCCCCCCGGGACCUUCUGGACUGCCUGCGCCGGAUGCCGCCUCCUCCACGAGUUCGAGCGCAAGUAUGUGGGAUACCGCCUCAACUGUCCCUCCUGCCGCCGUACCUUCCUCGCCGUCGAGGUCCCGCCUCCGCCGGAGGCCAAACCCCCUGCCCUUGCGCCGGCGCCUGCGCUUGCGCCUCGGCGGCCGCCGCCGGCCAAGAAGCCCAAUACGGAGAAGCUUGAAAUGACGCUCGCCGAGAUGCAGCUCCAGCUCGCCAAGAAGAGGAGGGGCGCAAAGGCUCCGGAGAGCUCUUCCAGAGACUUAGUGGUUGUGGAUGAGGGGGAGGAGGAGGAGGAGGACGGCGAGGAGGUUGAGGCGGAGAACACCCAUUCGGACCUGAUGGCCGUGGAGGACUCUGACUUCUACAACUUCGACGCCGACCGCGGCGAGAGGUGCUUCAAGAGAGGCCAACUCUGGGCUUUGUACGCCGAUGCCGAUGGCAUGCCACGCCAGUAUGCGCUGGUGGAUGGGGUGCAGCGAGGCACCCAAUUCAGAGUGCAGAUAAGGUGGCUGGAUGGCGAGGACGGGAAGCCAUGCGGGCAGUUCAAGGUUGGGAGAGCAGAGACCGUGGAUUCAGUGAACGUCUUCUCCCACCUUCUGGCCUGCGAAAGGGCGGCGAGGGAGGUGUACCAGGUUUAUCCCAGGAAGGCCUCGGUUUGGGCCCUCCAUGGUGGCGAGGAGGGCGAUGCGGCGAGGACAAAGUAUGACAUUGUGGUGAUGCUCAGUGGUUAUGAUGAGCGGUAUGGUGCCAGCUUCGGGUACCUGAAGAAGGUAGAAGGCUUCAGGAGCAUCUUCACACGCCGGGACAUCGGAAGCCAUGCUGUCCACUUCCUUCAGAAGGACGAUCUUGGGGCGCUUUCGCAUCAGAUACCGGCCAGGAAGGUGCCCAAGGGUGAGGGAUCGGCUCUGCCUCCUGAGGAUUGCUGGGAACUUGAUCCUGCAGCAUUGCCUCCUGAAUUGCUGCGCAUCGAAGCGUCAAACCAUGGGAAUGAUCUGGUUGUGGUGUAAAAGGUUAUUGCAGGUGUUUUAGUUGAUAGGAUCGGCUGUGCAUAUAGCACAUACAUUGCAGAGGAAGGCUGUUGGUUUGUUCUGCCAUGUCAAAUGGUGUGAGGAUGAGUCUGAUUUGCCGAUUCUAGCUGGGCAUUGAUCAUGUUUAUGAUCCUUCUUCAUGUAGUUUCCUAGGUAGCAUGAUGAAACUUGUAGGUAUUUGAGUUUCAAGUUCUGCCACCCAUGAUGUAUCACAUGAAUGAUUUUUCGGUAUUGAAUUGAUGGCUGACUAUACUAUACACUACUCUGGUAUAUGAAUGAUUCUUAUGAA